GGUGGGCAAACGUAGACUGCAGCGACUCGCUACUUGCUAGGCUGGUGUUGUACAGCUUGACCGUAGAGUCCCAUUCUGCGGUCGCGAGGAGGUCUUUGUCUGUCGGAUGGAAAGCGAGUGCUGCUAUCGCAUCGGCUGGCAUUGUAAGCUCUAUGUCUUGUGACAUUUCUCCUGCACCAACAGCAAGAGACGCGCGCUGUUCGACGUUCGACGUGCGACCGCUCUGAUCCCACGACCACCUGGCCUCGUCUCAGGAUGGGUCAGACCUCAUCUGGCGUCAAGAUCACGCCGCAAGACCGAGCGAUACUCGAUCUCAAGCUACAACGAGACAAGCUCAAACGAUACCAAGUCAAGAUCGAGAGCAUCCUCCAGCGAGAGAAGGAGAUCGCAAGGGAGGCGUUGCAGAAUGGCAACAAGUCUCGCGCUUUGCUCGCUUUGCGCAGACGAAAGUACCAAGAGGGUCUGCUGGGCAAGACAGACGAACAGCUCUCCACCCUGCAGCAGCUCGUCUCGAGCAUCGAAUACAGCCUGAUCGAGAAAUCCGUCCUGUUCGGCUUGGAGCAAGGCAAUGCCGUGCUCAAGGAGAUCCACAAAGAGAUGAACAUCGAGAGCGUCGAGAAGCUCAUGGGCGAGACAGCAGACGCGAUUGCCUACCAAAACGAGAUUGACGAGAUGCUCAGCUCGACUAUGUCGGCUGCAGAUGAAGAGGCGGUCCAGGCUGAGCUGGCCGCUCUCCAGGCAGAGCAGAUCGGUCAAGCAGCGCCUGCCUUGCCAAGCGCGCCGCAGGGAGAACUCAGACGCCCAAUCGAGCUGCCCGGAGUGCCCACUGCCGUUCCUGCCGAGGUGCAAGAGCAUCCCUGCAAAUGAGCGGAGACAAGCGCUUGCCGCAUGAUGUCCAUUGUACACUGUC